UUUUUUUGCACAAAAAAAAAAAAUCAAACAGAAAAGAAAACCCCACUCCCUCUGUACUCAGUCCCUCACGGAUUCUCUGCCCCGAAGAAGAAGCAAGCAGAAACGAUGUGGAAUUUGAUUUUCUGGAUCAUCUGUUUACUCAUCAACUUUGGCCUCCUCGCUAUCGUCUUUUACGCUCUUCUAUGCUUAACGGACUUGGAGGUAGACCAGAUGGAUCCGUUUGUGGCGACGGCUAACAUCAACAGGUGGAUUCUGCUUGAGUUUGCUUUGCAAGCUGCACUCAGCAUUCUUUUACUCUUCACAGGUCACUGGAUCUUGUUUUUGGUGGCAGUUCCUCUUACCUGUUAUCAUGCAAUGCUGUUUAUUAGACGGCAACAUCUUAUUGAUGUCACUGAAGUUUUCAGAAACCUCAACACUGACAAGAAGUGUAGGAUGAUCAAGCUUGGUGUCUACAUGAUCUUCUUCACAAUUUGCGUAUUUAGGAACUCAAACUAGCAUGUGUGUAUGAUAUUGGCUUAUCUUGUGGAGAAAGAGCACAAGCCUCAUGUUACGAUGGUGAGACUAAGGAGGGACGGAGUAUUUGUGAGGUGAAGGAUUUAAAGAUGAGUGCAACAGGGUCAAUUAGGAUAUGGCAUCCAGGGCCCAUCUUGGGUUGUAUUAUGUAUCUAGGCUGCUGUGUGUUAUGUAUCUAGGCCGCUGCUUUAUGUUUGAAUGAGUGUUCUCUCUUCACCACAGUUUCCAAUUUUUUUUUAACGAAUAUGUUUCCAAGUUCUCUUUACAUUGCUUUUAGGUUCCAAGAUAUUUGUUGAUUAUUUGUGAAUUUCACAUGGAUUCUGUGGGAGGGCUUUUCUUUGUGAAGGAGCGGGAGUACCAUUUUGUGUCCAUUACCCAUAAGACACCAGUUCUCUAACUUUCUAAAGGACCUUGAACUCUCUCUCUCCUCAAUGCUUAUAAGAAAUUCUUC